AUGUCUAGUUUAAUGAUUAGAGCGUGUAAACAAAUCGUCUAUUCGCAAAACGAACUCAGAAAGAAGAAGUCAAGCAACCAUGAAAACAUUUUUCUAUCAGAAGAGUCUUCCUCUGAAGAGAGGACCGAGCCGAAGGGGAAAGAGAAGAAAGCUGUGAGGAAAAACAAGCGAGGGCAUAACUCUCAUGGAAACGAGCCUUCAACUAGCGGGGACGCUAUAGUACGUGUUCGGUCCAGCGGAAAGAAAUCAAGAUCAGCCAAAGUCACCGCUCAAGAUCUUUUCGGCGUAGACUCCGAUGAUGGUGAAAUCAACGAUGUAACAUGUAAAAAUACAUCUCCUUUAGUAUCUUAUUUAACAAAACGGGUAACAAACGGCUUUUCACGACAAAUAAAGUUUGAUAAGCCUGGCAGUCAUUUUGUCGAAAUAAAAAUAUAUAAAUGCGAAGAAAUCGAGCGCGUAUCUCCGAUGAAUAGAUGGCGUUAUGCAAUAGUUGCUCUUAAAAAUAGAACAAAUGUUGAUACCGAGUCCUGGCGACAUUUAUCAGCAUAUUUAAGCGAAGUCCGAAAGGAGUUCAAGGAAUGUUCGCCAAAUUUCAUAAAUUCACAUUUAUUG